CUUCUGGUGUCUCUCUUUGCUUCAUCGACAAGCAACUGGCCGCAAAUAACUCUCUAGUUUCCCAACUCUCACUGUAUCGCCACUGAACCGAGGCACGGAGAAGGAUUAACAAAUAUGUUCAUUUCGCCGACGGGGCGGGUCAAAACUAUGCCCAACAACAAGGCCUGCAUCCCAACAAAGCCAGACAAACAUUGACUUGUAUCUUUUUCGACAAUCUUUAUCAAGGCCGAGACGACCGGUGAAUACGCAGUUCGGGUGCAGGCCAGCGACCAGAAGAUUCAACCUCUUCCAUCAAUACUUGCUGUCAUUGUCACACUGUGUUAUUUUCGCGCGAGAGCGGUACCUCUUCGACAAUGAUUGAGGAAAAGAAAGACUUUUUCCCGGGCUUCAGCGCCUUGUCUGAGCAAGUCUAUAUCCGUCACCCCGAUGAACAAAAUGAGGCUGUGAAGCGCCCAACCGAUCCCCGGGCUGUCCUCAUCUACUCAUGGGGCGAUGGACAGCCAAAGAACUUGGUCAAGUAUGCAGAUGGAUACCGGAAUCUUUUCCCCUGCUCAACGCAGAUCGUCGUCCUGGCCCCCAUCUCAAAGGCCAUGUGGUCGAAUCUCGACCAACGCACGCAGUCCAUGAGACCCGUCAUCGACGCCAUCUUCCCGAAGGAAUCGGAAGACGACAAGGACUCUCAAAAGGUCGAGGACCGUGUGCUGGCCCACAUCAUGUCCAACACUGGAGGUAUCAAUUAUGCGGCGACAUUGAAUGCCUACCGUCUUGUCCACGAUAAGCCGAUGCCGCAUCACUUGCUGGUCCUCGAUUCUACGCCCGGAAGCGUCAUCAUGACCCGCGAGAACUUGGGCCGCUGGUCGCGCGCCAUGGCUCUGGGUACGGCAAACUGGUUCCCCUGGCCGUUUGCCGUCACACAAACGCUUUGGGCUGGAUUCCUCUGUGGAAACCGCUUCAUCGAAUGGGUCAUUGGCAAGGAGCCCGCGCCGGCAUUCAGCGUCAAGGCGGUGAUUAAUCCAUACUACGAGACCAAGGAUACGCGCCAUUUGUAUAUUUACAGCGAAGAUGAUGAUAUCAUCCCGUAUCAGGACAUUGAAGAGCAUAUUGCACAAGCACGGAAACGGGGAUACAAGUCUGAUAAUCACAUGUUCAAGGGAAGUGGCCAUGUGCGCCACAUGCAAAUGUUUAAUGAAGAGUACUGGGGAGCUAUCGGAACAUCGUGGAACAGAGCGACGAGCGAGCCUUCUGACGAGGCGUAAUGGGUUUUGCUAAAGGCCGAGAGAGGCUAAGAUGAAUUUCGCGUUGCUUUUUAUAGACGAACUUGCAUGCGUUCUUACUUUAUACAUAAUCCAUCUAGAACAUUGCUGGUUAAACCAUUCAAGCUUUGUAUUAGCAUCCUUCAAUAUAUAUCGAUUGCAUGA